AUACCUGCCAAGGAGUAGACAGAAGACAGUAGUAUACUAGUAGGAGACGUGAUGGCGUAUGCUGCAACUUCAUGUUUUUUUUUUCUUUUUUUCCCCCCAAAUUUAGUCGCUUAUAUUAUUUUUUUAAAAUCAAGUGGGGUCAUUUGACCCCACACCCUACCAAAUACAUCCUCCCCUGCACAUACAUACAUUUGUAUGUAUGGUCCACAUACACUGAGUAUAUGUGUAUAAUCUCUUACAGGAUAGAUAUCUUAUUUGUGACUUGAAGUGUAGAAGUGUAGCAAUUAUUGUAGUAAAGUUGUAAUGUGUAUUUUUCCUAACAAAGGUUAACUUUGAAUAAUUUUAAGUAAUUUAAGACAACUUAAGAGGUAAUGUUGAUUAUUGUAUGGUGAGUUUAAACCUACAUUUAAUCUUAUUGAGACUUUAUGAUACUUCAAGGUAACUUUGGUUUUGUUUUAUUGUGUUGGUUAGUUGGUAUACUAUGGAGUAACUCUUUUGGUUGCAUGCUGGACAUUUCUCUGGCCACCAUGUGGCCACGUGGAUUGAUCAACUCAGUUAAGAUUGUAAAUUUACUUUUACAGUUCAACAAUAGCUUCAAACACAAAAAGGAAGGAAAGCAAAAGACAGAGAUGGAAAGUGACGGUUCUCAUAAGCAGCUUCACAAAGCAAUCUCAGUGAACAUGCAAUGUGAAAUGCAAAACAAGCCUAUGUUUUCAUGCAAAGGAGCUUCUUUCAUAAAGGUUCUCGGUCGUGACUUCUCCAAGCAAUUGCAAUUACCUGAAGAAUUUACCGCGAACAUAACUGGUUAUGUACCUCAUCGAUUCAUCAUCGAAAGUGGUACAACAAACAAAUGCUGGAGGGUAGAAGUGGAAAAGGAUGGAGAUGGACGGAUGUAUUUCCGAGAUGGUUGGGCUGAUUUUGUGGAAUUUCAUUCCUUAGAAGUUGGCAACAUUUUAUUGUUCGAGUACGAGGAACAAUCAAUUUUCCAGGCAAGAAUAUAUGGUCGAAACGGGUGUGAAAAAACUUUACUCCUAGACAGUAAAGGAGGUCAAUGUAAGCCCCUAAAGACUAUCAAUGAUGAUGAUGGGGAAGAAAGUGAAGCCUUGGAUGAACCCGUGAUCGUAAAAUGUAGUCGACAGAAAACGAGAAGUUUAAGUUCGAGAAAAUAUGGAAACGGAAUUUAUAAGAAGCGCACAGUUAACCGAGAUUAUAGAAGGACAGCCAAGGUGUCAGUCACUCAAAACAAUUUGUGUUUCUCAGUAAUAAUGCACUACAGAAAGAGGCACCAAUUCAACCAGCUGACUGUUCCAAAGGCAGUUUCGCUAAAGAUGAAGCUACCAAGCAAAGAUGAAUUGAAAAUUCAGGAUGCCCAGGGUAAAUGUUGGACACUGGCACUAGGACAUAGAAGAGAUGGUCGUGCACUUUUUUCUCAAGGAUGGAAGGAAUUCCUGAAAGAUAACAAUGUUGCACCCGGGGAUAAGUUGAAAUUCGAGUUCAUGUCCGAUGAGAUAGUUCAAUGUCACGUGACAAGAGCAUCAGAGGUGAAUGAGCAUCAAUCCAAUGAACCAACCAGAUCCUCAGAUAUGGAUUGUAACCUUGAUAAGCCAAAUACUCGUAUUGUUUCUCGUGCCCCCAAAAAUAGGGCUGGUGGAAUUUCAAUGACUUCAAAGAGAAGGAUGUCCUGUGAGUCUGGAAGUUCAUUUUCUGUCAUGUGGAGGGACUCCUGUGCCAGAACAUAUCUGCAUAUGCCAAAGGCAAUAGUUCGAGACCAAAAUCUGAUGAACAAAGAGAAUAUAGUGCUUCGGGAUCCAGAAGGGAAGUGUUGGCCACAUGAAGUUAAAAAAUUAACAGGCAACCGUGUCGCUUUAGCCAAAGGCUGGGUUGAAUUUUGGAAAGGGCAUGGAUUAAAAACUGGUGACUUCUUGAAUUUCGAGUUUGUGUCCGAGAACCUAGUCCAGGUGAAUAUAAACCGAGGUAAGCCACAACAUGAACCCAAUGUUGAAGAUACUGUCAUCUACUUGGAUGCAAUAGAUGAUGAGGAAGCAGCUGCCAUCGAGCCAGAAGCGGUCAUCACUCAGCAGGCAGGACUCCAGGCUGGUAUUGAGCCAGAAGUGGGCAUUACUCAUGAAGGAUUUGAUGCUGCUUUCAGUGCAGAAGCAGGCAUUACCCAGGAAGGAUACGAUGCUGCUAUGGAGACAGAAGCGUUUAUUACUCUGGAAGCAUUUGAUGAAGCAACCACUCAAGUCUGAAGUUAAUAACGUCACCAACUAGUGCAAAAAACUUUUGGAUACUUGAUCAAUGUAUAUGUAAUAAAAUCUUUUGUCUUGUAGCUUAUGGUAAAUGUGUUUGGGUCAAUGCAGUGUAAAAGUGCCUAGUUUGCAUUGAGAAGAACUUUUGGAGACCUAAAAAUUUCAUAUGUAACCUGGAUUUUGUGUAUAUAAAUUCCAAUGUAGUACUAUAUUCUGACGGAAGCUAUUAUAUGCAUCUAGUUCAUCUGCGAU